UAGCGAGUGACGUUGUGAUUAACAUGCCAAAAACCUCUUUCCUUCCCUUCCAGACCAAACUUUAUGACCUACUUCUAGACCUUUUGACCUCAACUCCACCCACCGAAGUUUUGUUCAUUCUUUAAGCGCUUUUCAAGACCUUCACGAUGGCAUCUGAAGAUUCCAUCCCAACCCUCAAAAUACUUUUGAUAGGCCCCUCAGGAGCGGGCAAAUCCGCAUGUACGACCGACCUGAUCCCGCGCGGUGCAUUUUCAAUGUUGCCGAUGAGAAGAGAGGUAGCUUGUGCUAACGGGCGCUGGUGUUAUGUUUAGUACUUAUACGAUAUUGCGACGACCAGUUUGAUUCGGAGAGCAGUACUGCUACUAUCGGGGUUGAUUUUAAGGUGUGUUGCUUUUGACCUGGAUUUUUGGUUUUCCCUCCUUCUCUUUGAUUAAUGAAUGGAUGAUAAGGGCAUGAUAUAAGAAUAAAGACAGCGUAAGACUAAGAUAAGGUAAGAAAUAAGCUAACAACCAAAACCUCCCCCCCCCAGCUCAAAACCCUCUCUAUACACGGAAAACCCUACCGACUCAAUCUCCUCGACACAGCAGGCCAAGAACGCUUCCGCACACUCUCGAAUUCCUACUAUCGCGGUGCGCACGCCGUGCUUCUAGUCUACGAUGUGACGAAUCGGGAAAGUUUUAAUAGUAUGGGGAGGUGGGUGGAGGAGGCGGAGAAUAAUGCCGUGGAUGGGUGUGUGUUUUGGGUUGUGGGCACUAAGUGUGAUUUGGGGAAGAAGGGGAAGAGGAUGGUUAGUGAGGAGGAGGGAAAGGCGUUGGCGGAUGGGUGGAGGGAGGGGGUUAAUAUUUGUGGGUGGGGGUGUAGUAGUAAGACUAGGGAGGGUAAAGGCGGUUUUGAGGGGUGGUUAGGGAGGUUGUUAAGAGACCUGAGUUGUUGAAGGGAGGGCAGAGAAAGUCGGGAGGAGUAAGUUUUUGGGGUUCUGUGGGUUUUCAAAGGGACAAAGUUCUAACGGGUUUUUUGACAGGUCACGAUCAGAGCAGCUAAUGAUAGCUAUACAUCGGGAUGUGCUUGCUAGACUUUAUGUCUUGCAGUAAGUGGACAGAGGGUUACCGGCACACACUAUGCGAUAUUGGGUACGUGCAUACGAAGCAUAUG